AUCUUUCAACGUUUAAAUUAUAUCUUUCUCCUCUUUGUCACAAAAAAUUUCAACAUUCAUCAUGGGAACUGAAUCUCCAACAAAGGAAAAACCAAUUGAUUCUUCUUUAGAGCCUGAAAAGGCCACUUUUUCAGCACCUGAGCCAGAGAAAGAUAAUAGAACGGCUGAGCAAAAAGCCAUUGAUGAUUGGCUUCCCAUAACUUCUUCAAGGAAUGCAAAAUGGUGGUAUGCAGCUUUUCACAAUGUCACUGCAAUGGUUGGAGCUGGUGUCUUGAGCUUACCAUCUGCCAUGGCAAAUCUUGGAUGGGGUCCUGGUGUGGUGAUUCUAAUCUUAUCAUGGAUAAUCACUCUAUACACCCUAUGGCAAAUGGUUGAGAUGCAUGAAAUGGUCCCCGGAAAACGGUUCGACAGAUACCAUGAGUUGGGACAAGAAGCAUUCGGAGAAAAGCUCGGACUUUGGAUUGUGGUGCCGCAACAAUUGAUAUGUGAAGUUGGUGUGGACAUUGUUUACAUGGUCACAGGAGGAAAAUCACUGCAGAAAAUUCAUGAUCUGGUGUGCAAAAAAAAUUGCAAAUCAAUGAAAACUAGUUAUUUCAUCAUGAUAUUUGCCUCUGUUCAUUUUAUUCUUGCUCAUCUUCCAAACUUCAACUCUAUUGCUGGUAUCUCUUUGGCUGCAGCAAUCAUGUCUUUGAGUUACUCAACUAUUGCAUGGGUGGCUUCAUUAAAAAAAGGAGUUCAACAUGAUGUAGCAUAUGGUUACAAAGCUACAACUCCACCAGGAACAAUUUUCAAUUUCUUCAGUGCUUUAGGUGAUGUUGCAUUUGCCUAUGCUGGACACAAUGUUGUAUUAGAGAUUCAAGCAACAAUCCCUUCUACACCAGAAAAACCAUCAAAGGGUCCAAUGUGGAGAGGAGUUUUAUUAGCCUAUAUUGUUGUAGCUUUGUGCUAUUUUCCUGUUGCUCUUAUUGGAUAUUGGAUGUUUGGAAAUACAGUUGCUGAUAAUAUUCUCACUUCUCUUAAUAAACCUACAUGGCUUAUAGUUGCUGCUAAUAUGUUUGUUGUUAUUCAUGUCAUUGGAAGUUACCAGUUGUAUGCAAUGCCGGUUUUUGACAUGAUCGAGACCUUGUUGGUCAAAAAAUUGCGUUUCAAGCCAACCUGGUUUCUAAGAUUUACUGUUCGCAAUCUUUAUGUUGCAUUCACAAUGUUUGUGGGCAUUACUUUCCCCUUCUUUGGUGCUCUUCUUGGAUUUUUCGGAGGAUUUGCAUUUGCUCCAACAACAUACUUUCUUCCUUGCAUUAUGUGGCUUGCUAUUUACAAACCAAAGAGAUUCAGUUUGUCCUGGAUCACCAAUUGGAUCUGCAUUAUACUUGGCCUCCUUUUGAUGAUUCUAUCACCAAUAGGUGGAUUAAGGCAAAUUGUACUCAAUGCUAAAAACUAUGGUUUCUACCAAUAGGUGGAUUAAGGCAAAUUAUAAACCAAAUAGUCAUUCUAUACUUUCAUAUAUGGAUACAUAUAAUGAAUGUAAAUUUGAUUGAGACUUGCCUUUGUCAUAUCUUAAAUAAUGUUUUCCUUCAUUUUAUUUUCUCUAUUUUUUGUAAUUAAGGGUAUGUUUGGUUGGAAGAAAAUGAGAGAAGGAGAGAGUGCAUUUUAAAUUCAAAUUGUUUGUAAUAGAGGGUAGUUGAAUUUUAGCUCUCUAUAAAACUGAAGUGAUUUAUAAGGAAAAAAAACCUAUGCUAUAAAAUCAUUAAUAAAGGUUAAUUGCUCUUC